UCUCACACUAAGGGAAAGAUGACUGUUUUUAUCGGCUAAGCUAAUGUAAUUGUGCGGACAAACUAUACCCGUUUUCAGUCUCAAGGAAACUAAUGAAUCCUUCUGUGGAAUACAACUAUUUGAAAGGACGCCUUACUCAUCCUUUUUUCUCUCUUUUGGUUGAGAAAGAGCCCCACAGGGGUGUCGGGCCAGUGGGUAGUCAGGAGUUGGAACAACGACGAGCUUCCCUUACUACUUUGCAUUAAAAUAAAGACUUUUUUCUGCGGAUAUUACAUGCUAGGGCACGUCUGCGUUAACCGUUGGCUAUUAAUUUAGGGGUUUACAAUGUCCCAAAGAGAAAGCUAUUCUCUGGACUGGCCAAACAGUGUGAGCGGCUAGGCUAGGCUGUGGUCCGAACUAUUAUGAAAGCUGCUCUCUGUGUUGACCAAGCGGAUAUUUAUAACUAAUGGGAUACUUUAAAGACUCGUGCUGAAGUUAACCGUUCAAGGAAACCCACACUACUUUGGCGUUUUAAAGUUGAAUUCCUUUAUUAACUUUCUAAUUGAAUGACCCAGGAUUCAACAUGGCAUUUUUUAAUUUUCGUAAAAUAUUUAAAUUGGGAGCUGAGAAGAAGAAGAAACAGUAUGAACACGUGCGUAGAGAUGAAAACCCCGAAGAAGUAUGGGACAUAAUCGGUGAAUUGGGAGAUGGAGCCUUUGGAAAAGUGUUCAAGGCUCAAAACAAGCAAACAGGAAUUCUAGCUGCAGCCAAAGUUAUUGACACAAAGACCGAGGAGGAGCUGGAGGACUACAUGGUGGAGAUUGACAUCCUGGCCUCCUGCGACCACCAAAACAUUGUCAAGCUGCUCGACGCUUUCUAUUAUGAGAGCAAACUCUGGAUCCUCAUUGAGUUCUGUGCAGGAGGGGCUGUGGAUGCAGUCAUGCUAGAACUGGAGAGACCCCUGACAGAGCCUCAGAUCCGGGUGGUGUGUAGGCAGACUCUACAGGCCCUCGUCUACCUCCACGACAGCAAAAUCAUCCACAGAGACCUGAAGGCUGGCAACAUCCUCCUCACGCUGAACGGUGAUGUCAAGCUGGCUGACUUUGGUGUGUCUGCCAAAAACACCAAAACCCUGCAGAGGAGAGACUCUUUCAUUGGAACGCCGUACUGGAUGGCUCCAGAGGUGGUGAUGUGUGAGACGUCCAAGGACCGUCCAUAUGACUACAAGGCUGAUAUCUGGUCCCUCGGGGUCACCUUGAUUGAGCUGGCACAGGUUGAGCCACCAAAUCACGAGAUGAACCCCAUGAGAGUCCUGCUGAAAAUAGCCAAAGCAGAUCCUCCUACACUGAUGCAGCCGUCACGCUGGUCCCCAGAAUUCAGUGAUUUCUUAAAGCGGUGUCUGGACAAGCAUGUGGACAACAGAUGGACUGCACCGCAGCUGCUACAGCAUUCAUUUGUGUCAAGUGUGACAGACAGCAGGCCCCUGAGGGAGCUCAUAGCUGAGGCGAAGGCUGAGGUCACAGAGGAGAUUGAAGACCACAAAGAGGAAGAAGAGGAGGAAGAUACAGAAGCACACCUGGGCCACAAACGUGCUCCGUCUGAUGUCAGUGUCGCCAGCUCAGAGGAUGAGAAGAUUCCUCUCUCUCCCUCCGUCUUGGAAUCGGUUCCUGAGAAGACUGAGCCAAUUGUGUCCGUGCCUACACCCACUGAGCUCCCUGUGGCCAACCAUGUGGUGGACACCAGCUCCAUUGAGGAGCCUGCUGCCCCUGCAGCCGGGGAGCAGACUUCCAACACUCCAGUUGAGGAUGAAGGGGUAGUGGAGACGCCAGUGGAGACGCCAGUGGAGACGCCAGUGGAGACGCCAGUGGAGACGCCAGUGGAGACACCAGUGGAGACACCAGUGGAGGAAAAGCCUCCAGAAGCAGAAGAAGAUGUUGCCUCACCAGAACCAGAGACUGAACCAGAGGCCCCUGCUAAGGAAAUGCAGCAGCUAGAGAUCGCAGUAGAGGAUGAAAAGGAAGUGGACACAGCCGAGGUUGCAGCCAAUCCACUUGCUGGCACAGAGAGUUUAGAGGUCACGGAGUCUCCUUUGGAGGAAAACAUGGCAGUUGUGGAGGAAUCAAACGUGCCAGCAGAGGAGGAAAAGGACAAGUACAAACAUCUCAAGGUGACAUUGACACUACCAGAGCAAGAUAAAGUUGUUCCAAAAGAGGAGAACGGAGAAAAGGAGAAAACGGUCGCAGACAAAGCUAAAGAUGAAAAAGAGAGGGAUUCAGACUCGGGGAGCGGCUCAGCUGCAGAUAACAGCAGCGUAGACCUCAAUCUGUCCAUCUCAAGCUUCCUGUCCAAAACAAAAGAGCCUGGAUCUGUUUCCAUACAGGACAACAAGCGUCAGAAGAAAACACUGAAAAAGACUCGCAAAUUCAUUGUGGAUGGAGUGGAAGUUAGCGUGACUACUUCAAAGAUCAUCACUGACAAUGACACAAAGAACGAGGAGAUGAGAUUCCUAAGGCGUCAGGAGCUGAGGGAGCUGCGUCUCCUGCAGAAAGAGGAGCAGAGGGCCCAGCAGCAGCUCAGCAACAAGCUGCAGCAGCAAAAAGAACAGAUUUACCGGCGCUUUGAACAGGAGACCACGAGUAAGAAGCGUCAGUACGACCAGGAAGUGGAGAACCUGGAGCGUCAGCAGAAACAGACCAUCGAGAAGCUGGAACAGGAGCACACCAACCGGCUGAGAGACGAGGCCAAACGCAUCAAAGCUGAGCAGGACAAAGAACUCGCCAAGUACCAGAACAUGCUGAAAAACCGCAAGAAAGAGGAACAAGAGUUUCUUCAGAAGCAACAGCAGGAUCUGGACAGCGCUCUGAAAAAGAUUAUCCAGCAACACAAACAUGAGCUCGCCACCAUCGAGAGAGACUGCCUCAACCACAAGCAGCAGCUUCUCAGAGCGCGGGAGGCUGCCAUGUGGGAGCUGGAAGAGCGCCAUCUGCAGGAGAAACACCAGCUGUUCAAACAGCAGCUUAAAGACCAGUACUUCAUGCAGAGACAUCAGCUGCUGAAGAGACAUGAGAAGGAGAUGGAGCAGAUGCAGCGCUACAACCAGCGUCUGAUCGAGGAGCUGAAGAACAAGCAGACACAGGAGAGAACCAGACUGCCCAAGAUUCAGCGCAGCGAGGCCAAGACCCGCAUGGCCAUGUUCAAGAAGAGCCUUCGUAUCACUGGAGCUUUCAUCACCCCAGAGCAGGAGAGGGAGAAGGUCAAACAGUUUGCAGCCCAGGAAGAGAAGAGACAAAAGAACGAGAGGCUCCAUCAGCAGCAGAAACAUGAAAACCAGAUGAGAGACCUGCAGCUGCAGUGUGACGCCAACAUCCGAGAGCUGCAGCAGCUGCAGAACGAGAAGUGCCACCUGCUCAUCGAACAUGAAACCCAGAAGCUGAAGGAGCUGGAUGAGGAGCACAGCAUGGAGCUGAAGGAGUGGAGGGAGAAGCUACGACCCAGGAAGAAGGCCCUGGAGGAGGAGUUUGCCAGAAAACUUCAGGAACAAGAAGUGUUCUUCAAGAUGACCGGAGAGUCGGAGUGCCUUAACCCCUCCACCCAGAGCCGCAUCUCUAAGUUCUACCCGAUCCCCAGUGUCCAGUCCACUGGUUUCUAGUUGAAACCUAUGCACAAACACACACACACACAUACACACACACACACACACACACACACACACACACAUACACACACACAUACACCGUGCACAUGGACACGAUGAGCGCACAAACACCGACAGUAAAGACCGAGCCUGUGCUGCCUUGUCCUCACCCUCUGAAAACUGAUGGAGGGUGUUAGAAGCAUUUCUGUUUCUGGACUUCUUUUGUCAUAUUUUCACACUAUUUGUAAUUUUGAAGGAAUAAUUAUGAAGGAGAUUUACAGAUUCAUUGUUCAGGUCCUCACCUCAAAACCACUAAAGUGAAGUAGCUCAACCUUCUUUUGUGAUUGAAAUGUUUUUAUAAAGCAUCCAGUGCCUGUAGAAUUUGAUGUUUUUGACUUUAAAAUAUGAGCAAUUUCUGAUUAUUAUUUGCUGCUCAAUUUUUCUCUCAUUUAGACAUUUGCACUAAAAAGGAUAUCAUUUUUUAUACCACUUAAACAUAAUGUCGAUAGUUUAAUUUGGUUAAAUAUUAAAUUGAAACCAUAUCAUUUAUAAUUGAUCGUAAUAUAGAAUGUAUUUCUGCUAAAAGAGAGAGAAAGAGCACAUUUAAUAUCACUUUUGAAGGAAUGAUGAUACAGUAUAUUUUUAAUAAGUGACAUAUCUCUGUGUUAGGUAGGUUGUGAUGAAUUAGUGGUUCAAGUAAUGCAUGCUUUUAAAACAAGCUUUAGGAAGUUUUUCCAGCAGAAAUGAUUUCUUCUUUCAGGGUUUUUCUUCAGAAUGCCUUCCUGUCUUGAGCACAUGACUUGAGAUUACUAUGGCAACAAGCAGUGGUGAAAACCAUACGUUGCCGUGUUGCAUACAGUAGAGAUGGUGUUUACAUACAGAGACAAAGCAUCACUGUUAGUUGGACACUACGGAGAUCACUGUGGUGGCAGAAACAAAGAGUGUCAAACAAGCAUUUACGCACCAGAUUGUUGGUCUGGUUGUUAUUUUUUAGUAAACACCACUUUAUUAUUGUCGAGCAAAAACAAUGUAUCUAUAGGAUCGGUAUUCAGGGAUGAAUAAAGCAUUUAAUGAUGUCAAGUCUGGAAAUGAUAUACCAGUAGUAAUAGUUUCCCAGGCCCGAGUGUCACGAAACAAACUGUUAAUGUGCAGUUCCAGAUGAUGAUGAUAUUUCUAUUUGCUUUGGUUUUCUGCAUAUUGUUGCUACCAGGUGUAUCAUGGAUAGGCCUGCAUGGCUUUUCUUCCUACUUUUUAAUGAAGUACUGUUUUAAUUGUCGUGCUAGCUAAUAGCCUUAAUACUCCAAAACAGCUGUAUGGAUAUAUACUGUGUACCUGAUAUGACCGCCUUUAAACAUUUUGGUCAGACUGUAGGUUCUAUGCUGGCUCGCCAACUUAAUGUUCUGUUCUCUGACUGUAUGAAGCAAAUCAACUACAUCAGAAUGAUCACAUCUGUAUUCAAAGAAACAAAGAGAACAUGAGCUCUUAGCAUUUUUUUUAUUUAGGCUGAUGUAUUGUGAAUGAUGUCAAAGCAAUUUGAUGCAGUUGUAAAAACAAAUGUUCAAAAAAUGGACCUGACUGGUUUAGGCCAUCUUGACUUGUGAUUGGUUCAUUUUUUCAUCUCAUUUUCUUUAUGAUUGGCUGUUAAGAGUUAGUGGGAGGUAUUUAAUAACUGAACUGUUAUGUACAAAAAUUGCAACGGAGUGCUGUGCACCUUUUUACAAAACUUUCUCAAACUAUUUAUAUGAAACUGUACCACCCACACUGCAGCGUGUGUACUGUAGCUUAUUCACUCCUCAGAGGUUUGCAGAAUACAAAAAUAUAAUUACAAAAUUAAUCCUGUCAGUUCUUGUUCUGUUGGUCAGUUAGUCUACAAAAAAAUAUGAAAUUCUGAAUGUUGACUAAACAAUGAUAUCCAUAUCAAAAUCAUUAUGCAUUUUUUAAAUAAAUGUAUAGUUUUUAGAAUACCUGUGUAAUGUAGAUUUUCAUUUUGCUGUAAAUAAACAUUUUCCUCUGUAU